GGGCGGCCCGAGGCCCUGUGCGUCGCGCUGGGUGCCUCCUCCUCACGCUGUGGUUGGUGCUCAGUGGCUGUCCCGCUCUCCACAGGAUGAUGGAUUUUGAGAAUCUUUUCUCCAAGCCUCCCAACCCGGCCCUCGGCAGAAACGUGGCCACGGACUCUGACGAAAGAAUCGAUGAUGAAAUAGAUGAUACAGAAGUUGAAGAAACACAAGAAGAGAAAAUAAAGUGGGAAGUAAAACUGGAGUGUGAGCAAAUUCCCAAAAAAUCUAGGCACUUGGGAAGCUCUACAGCAACAGCGAAGAAUUUGCUGCAUAGAAAAUCAAGAAGUAAGGACUAUGAUGUAUAUAGUGAUAAUGAUAUCUGCAGUCAGGAAUCAGAAGAUAAUUUUGCUAAAGAGCUUCAACAGUAUAUACAAGCUAAAGAAAUGGCAAAUGCUGCUCGAUCCUUACCAUUUCCUGAAGAAUCUGUGAAGAAAGAGGGAGUGAAGGAUCCCCAGAAAGCUGUUAAACAAAAAAAUAAAAACCUUAAAGCUGUUCGCAAAAAUGGUAAGCAGAAGAAAAUGAAGCGAAAAUGGCCUGGCACUGGAGAUAAAGGAUCAAACGCCUCACUGAAGAACAGUGGCUCACAGGAACAGGAUGGUAAACCUAAAGAGAAGCAGCAGCGUGUGAGAAUGAGUCAGGCAUUCAUCAACCAACAUACAGUGGAACGCAAAGGAAAACAGAUUUGUAAAUAUUUUCUUGAAAGGAAAUGUAUUAAGGGAGACCAGUGUAAAUUUGAUCAUGAUGCAGAAAUAGAGAAGAAAAAGGAAAUGUGUAAGUUUUAUGUACAAGGAUAUUGUACCAGAGGCGAAAACUGUCUGUAUUUGCAUAAUGAAUAUCCCUGCAAGUUUUACCAUACAGGAGCAAAAUGUUAUCAGGGAGAAUACUGCAAGUUUUCACAUGCUCCACUGACUGCUGAAACACAGGAACUGUUGGCUAAAGUUUUAGAUACUGAGAAGAAGUCGUCAUGAAAAUAAAAUACAUAAAAAAGCUUUGCAUGGAGGAAGAGUGCUUAUGUCUGUGCCUGUUCAAGACUGUUCAAGACUGUGGAUUUGGAGUGGUUUAUAAGAGUUCUCAUUUAAAGUGCCCACCUGUGUCAUUGUGAUGAUGUGCAACUGCUUUAAUGAGUGUGCGCAGGGACAGAAUCUGGUAUAUAAGUGAAGGGGUUGGUCUUCACCGAGAUAUGCCAGCCGGUGGAACCAGGAGAGGAGCAUAUAUGGCAGAGAUGCUGGCUGGUGGGUAAAUGUUUUGGUAGUAAAUUGCAGAAGUCACUUCUGAUUGAGUGAGUUUCUCAGUAAAAUAGGAAGCAAGAUUAGGCUGAGUGAGGAUGGAUGCAGAAGUGUAGGGGAUUUGAAGAGAGAAAACUGUUAGGUUUCUCUAGGAAUGUUGGAAUAAUAGAUAGACGAUGAAUAUACAGUUAGAUCUUUUCAUGUCAUUAAAUACAUUCACAACAUAUUUUUAAUAGUUGCUCACAAUUCUGUUUUAUGGCUUAAAUUAUCGUUCAGUGAUUUUUUUUAACCAAUUUCCUGUCAUCGGACAUUUACCGUUAUAAAUAAAGUGGAACAAU